CCACUAUAUCGCGCGUGAGGAGGAGGGCUCGCGGAGGCUCGUGCUGCUGUGAUGGGACUACAAAUCCGUUAGUACCCACUGCUUCCUUCUCUUCCAUCAUGGCUCCCUCGAUAGACAGGCAAGGAUACUGGGGGCGGCCGACCUCAACGCUGGACUGGUGCGAGGAGAAUUACGUUGUCUCUUUUUACAUCGCGGAAUUUUGGAAUACCGUCAGCAACCUGAUCAUGAUUGUUCCUCCGAUCUAUGGGGCCUUCCAGACGUUUCGCGAUGGCCUAGAGUUUCGCCACAUUUGCUCAUUCCUUGGACUAGCAGCUGUAGGGGUUGGUUCCUGGUGCUUUCACAUGACGCUGCUGUAUGAGAUGCAGUUACUGGACGAGCUGCCGAUGAUUUACAGCACAUGCGUCUUUGUCUACUGUCUAUAUGAGUGCUUCAAGCAAGAGAAGAGCAUCAGUUUAUUUCCAAUUGCAUUAUUAUUAAUCUUCAGUGUCUCUGUUACGUUGGUAUACUUACAGUGGAAGGAGCCAGUAUUUCACCAGGUCAUGUAUGGUGCUCUGGUAGCUUGCCUAGUGAUGCGCUCCAUCUUCAUUGUCACAUGGGUGUACCCAUGGCUCAGGCCACUGUGUUACACCUCCUUAGGCAUCUUUAUGUUAGGGUUCCUGCUGUGGAACAUUGACAAUAUCUUCUGUGACUCAUUAAGAGCUAGUAGAAAAAUGCUGCCUGCUGGAGUUGGAGUAGUGACACAGUUUCAUGCCUGGUGGCACAUCUUCACAGGACUGGGAUCCUACCUGCACAUACUUCUCAGCCUUCAGAUUAGAUCAACCUACCUCAAGUACAGACCAAAAGUUAAGUUUCUCUGUGGAGUCUGGCCCACAUUGCACAUUGAGCCACAAAGGAUGAGUUGAACUAACGUUGUGGGGACCAGCCGAAGGAAGGUGACUGCCAAAUCCAAACACCAGUGGCACAGGGACCUGCCAGCAUCACCCUGCCACUGCUGGGAAACCAGACUACAGUCAGGGGGGCAGGUGAAACCCAGGGCACCACCUUAGGGACCCUCUGGUUCUGCUUUGUGGAGAUUUUCUCAGUACAGUAUAGCACUGAGUCAAGCUGUAAGAAAUGGAAGAUUUUUUCUUUUUUUAAUCAAUCAUAAUUUAUUAGACUAGUUUUUUUUAAAUUUUAUUGAAGUGAAGUUUAUUAUGUGCUCAUCUAAUUUUGAUGCAAACACGAAAUUAUGUAGUCAACAGCAGUGACAAAUGUUAAAGGCGUUAUUGGGGUUUGAGAAAGGGAAAACGUGUCAUUAAUUAUAAAGAAUUCACAUCCUUAUAUGUACAAUCCUGUGAAUAAUUCAUUACAUACAGAUACUGAAAUAUGUCUCAGUUAUAACUAAGAAUAAAUAAUACUUUUUCUUUUUGGGUGUAUUCACAGGAAACUAAGAAUUCUACCUAAAACACACUACUGUGCAAGCCCAUUUUUAUGAAGAUUUGACUUCCAAAACAAAAGAUUCAUUUUUAUUUGGUUUUCAUAUAAUAGUGUGAAAUUAUUUUAUAUUUUGUUGUUGUUGCCAAAGUUGCACAGGGAUUUAAAGCUGUCAUGUAAUGUGUAAGAUGUGUUCUUACUGUAUAGCGGCAGCAACUGCAGCUGUUUUAAAACUCGUUUUAAAAAGGUAUUUUUUUUCUUGGUAUGACUGGCAUUACACAGUCCUUUAAAGAUUUAGUUUUUUUUAUUUUUGAAGUCAGGAUGGAUAAUUUAUAAUAAUUGCCAGAGUCAUGUCUGCGGCAUGGUGCAUCCCUAGUUAUAAUGUGAUCAAUAGACUUUUGUGAAUGACUGUAAAAUUUACGACUGAUUCUUGGGAACAACAGGAAGUAGAAAACAUGAUAUUGUCAAUUCUGAGUAUUUUUUUUUUUUUGUCAUCUGCUUCUUUAAACAAAACCUCCCAGUAUGGAUGUGGGUGAGUUCUCUUCUAAAAAACUAUUUGAAAUCCCUUGUUGCCUACUCGAACACGACUAUAGUGUCGCCAGUUCUGCUACAGAACAUUUUAUUUGAUAGCUUUAUUCAUUGCUCCUUUUUUCUGUUGUCCUUGAUCAAUGUUAAGAGACUGAUACAAUACACGCCUGGUAGAGGCGCACCUCUGUGAAUCUACCACUGGGUGGGAUAAAUUCCCAGCUUAUUGCAGACAUUGCCAGUCAUGUGGGUUGAAGAACUACAAACUACCUACUGUAGAACUUUCAGGCUCUUUGCCUGGAUUUCAUGUCCUGGAUUUGUGUUUUUAAAUGAAGGGCUUUUAUUUACAAUAUUUGUUUAGCUACUGUGAACUAGUGGAUAUGUACUAGCAAGACUAGAUUCAUGAGCUUGAAGUAACUGGAAAACUGGAAGAUGCACAACAUUUUGGUUGUAUGGAAAUAUUUGUAUUUGUGAGGCUUCUGUGUGCUGGAUCAUCUCCUGAGACAACAUAAUACAUACAUAAAUUUUUAAUGAUGCAUAAAUAUGCUCGGGUGUCAUGAGUGUAUAAACCCAGUGUUACACAUAUUCACAAGCACAAUUUAUGAAGGAGAAGUAUUAGCAAUGUCCAAAUGUCUGUGUGGAAUCUUUAUAUUAUGCUCUUGAAAUCACUGCAGUAAUCAGAGGGUGCCUUAUAGCUUUCCUUGCAGUGUAAUACAAGUUGCCUUGAUGUUUGUGAUAAACCUGUAAAUUUGUUAUUUGUGUUUGCUGUGUCUCUUUCCCUGAUAUUAGCAGCUGAUGCGUCAAGAGGACAAACAACAGUUUCUAAUGUCUAAAAGUCUGUGCCUGACUCUUUGGCCUUUUGUUCAUUUCACAUGUAUGACAACCUGCACAUCCUUCGUAUGAUGUUAACAGUCGAUAUAAAACCUAAUAGUUGAGGCCAGAAGAGCAAAUUCUGCCACUGUUUUGUCGAAUUAUGAUUAUGUGCCAGUCUCUAAAGUCUGUGUUGUCCAAUAAAAAAAAUGUGUCAGA